AUGCAUUUUGGGGCACUGGCCAUCUCACCAUCCACUGGCGUGCUGCUCAACAACGAAAUGGACGACUUCGCGAAUCCUGGAAAGGCGAACACUUUCGGCCUCGUGUCCAGCGCCACCAAUUACAUCCGGCCCAAGAAACGACCCACGUCUUCCAUGUCGCCGCUCGUGAUAACAGACGCCGACGGAAGCGUCGUCAUGGCCACCUCGUCCACGGGCGCCUUCUUCAUUUGCAGCGGACUGACGCAGGUGGUGAUGCGGUCGCUGUGGAUGAACCACACUGUCAAGGAGGCCAUCGACGCCCCUCGAAUUCACCACCAACUACCCGCUCCAGAAGUUCUUGCAGAGGAGCACAUCGACCAGGGACAAGCCGUCGACUUCAGGGACUACCACCUGAGCACGAGCCUCUACCCAAUCGAGUCGGAAAGAUGA